AUGUACUCUUACUACGUAUUUGUCGUCCCGCCCAAUACGCUUGGUCCCUGCCAUCUCUGUCUCGUUCCAAUGGACGACGUCAGUGAACGCGAAGAUAUUUCUAGGACAUAUGUUCGCAACAUUAAAGAUCCCAUUUACGAUUAUAUCGAAGUCGAGACCUUCUUCUUCCAGUUUAUCGACACGCGGCAAUUCCAACGUCUGCGGAACAUCAAACAGCUUGGGACAUCCUAUUUCGUAUGGCCUGGAGGGUCACACAACCGGUUUGAACAUUGCCUCGGCGUCAUGCAUCUCGCAAAGAUCAUGGUAGACCAUCUCUCGCAGCAAGCGGGCCUGGGGAUUACAUUGCGAGAUCGCAGAUGCGUCCAACUUGCUGGUCUUUUGCACGAUCUAGGCCAUGGCCCAUUUAGUCAUGUCUUUGACGGGCAAUUCAUACCUCGGGCUCGUCCAGGCUACGAUUGGAAACAUGAAGAUGCAUCCGAACUCAUGUUUGAGGCAAUGCUCAAGGAAAAUGAAAUUGAGAUGCCCCAGCAGGAUAUCGCGUUUGUUCGCGAUCUCAUUGCAGGGAUAGACCGCCAUCCAGAGAAUCAGGAGAAGGCUUACCUCUUUGAAAUCGUCGCGAACAAGCGGAACGGAAUAGACGUGGACAACUCGGGAUACACACCAGAUCGGAGGAAACAAGUGCAGCUUAGCGGCUAUGAGAUUGAUAAAAUCAAGUCGCACAUUACAAAUGUCUUCCUUGUGUUCCAAGAGAGAUGGAGCCUUCACAAACGAGGUAUCAUCAACUUAGACUUCAGAGUUGCCGAACUUGACAUCAAAGCAGUUUAUACUCAUCCAGCUGCAAAGGCAAUUGAGUAUAUGGUUGUGGAUGCCCUUCUUGCUGCUGAUCCUAUAAUGCGCAUAUCCGAACAAGUCGAUGAUCCGGCUCGGUACGUCUUCCUUACGGACGCCAUACUCGAAGAUAUUGAGAGGUCGACGGACGAGGCUCUAGCACCUGCAAGGGACAUCGUUUAUCGCCUUCGGACUCGGCUGCUUUACAAAUGCGUCGACGUACUACACCUUCACCCACACGAAGAAAUGCAGCUGAAGGAUAUCGUGACCGCUCAAGCGAUUGCUCUUGAAGCCAAUAGAGUUCGGGCAAGCUCAUCCUCUACACAAAAUUUACCAGAAGUCGUUCCUGUGGAUAUCAUCGUUGACUGGACUUUUGUGCACUUUGGAAUGAAGGAUAAGAACCCGGUCGAUCUUGUACUGUUCUACGGGAAACACAAUCCUGACGAAGCCUUUCACGCGCGCGCAGAGGAGUAUAGUAGAACGUUCCCACAUAACUUUGCGGAGGUAGCGUUACGCGUCUUCACAAGGAACCGAAGCCUGUAUGGACUAGUUCAGGCCGGCUUUCGUGCUGUCCUGAAAAAAGGAUCCUUGGAAACAUCUGGCCACGUGGUUGGAGGCAACGAAGCAAGAACACCAGCGAGGACCAGCAUUCCUCUUGGUGAAGAACAGAUACCUGGAGGCUCAGCUGGAAGUCGACUGGAAGAGAAAUUCUACGAUGGGAACCCUUUCACUUUAGUCCCUCCAACCUAUGCUUCGACGGGGUCCCCGAGCAUGAAAGGCAAGCGAUCGUUGCAGCAUCUUCGCUCCACACCCUCCUCGCGAACGUCUCCUGCACUAAGUUACAAAGACCUACCAACGACCGCACAUUCUCUUCUUGGGUCCGCUCCCUCGGUCACCGCAUCGAAACGGUUACAUGACGGGGAGGGCACACACUCACCACAGAAGAAGACUCGCUUAGACUAA